GGCUAGGAUUAAAAAGUUAUGCAAAAGGCUGAAAAACCAAACACAACACACCGUUUCCUCUUUCCCAAAACAAGCUCACGUUUUCUUCUUCUUCCUCUUAUCAUCAUCACCACCGCCAACCCUCUCCCCCAUUCAUCGGCGGCAACCACCAAACCUCUGCCUCAAUCCAUCGACGUUCUCCCCAUUCCCUACUCCUUCGUUUUGUCCCUCACCUCCAGAAAUAUAAUGCCAUCUCUUCACAUUCAAUCUAACUUAUGAUUCUCCCUUCUUCAACUCCACUGGUGCUGAACAUGACGGCCAUAUCCAUGCCUCUCAGUUGUGACGGUUAUAGCAAGGGAACCUAAUAUGAUACACAGGGUUACUGUUCUCCAAUGAACGAGGUGAUUACAGAGCUUUUGUAUUAUUCUCUACUUCAGAAAUAAUUUGGUGACGAUUUGUUUUCAUAUUUGUCUUUCUCCACAAAUCUAUUUCAUAUAUGUUCACGUUCCAUUUUUUUUUGUUUCAACCAUGGAAAAUUCUCAUGAGAACAAACAAAAACCACCGAAUGUGAAAGAUAAGCUAAAAAGGGUAAACACGAAUUACUCUUUGUGACUUUGACUUAGAAGGGCAAUAUAUCAGUAGCUGCUCUGGUGAUGGAAGCUUAGUUCUUCAAAGACAAAAACUAUGUAUAUUGGAAGUCUUGCCCAAUUGUCUCCUCUUCACAUAACAUGGGAACUUGCUUAUAAUGGAUUUUGUGAGCUAAUCCUUGAUAGGAGAACUACUGCUUUGAAGCUGGUGGAUGAUUGUGGGAAUAAGUGGGAUUGCACUCUCAUCUUUGAUAGUAGGCCAUAUCCUCAUUUUCCAGUUGGUGGUGGUUUCCACCGGAUGAUUCUUGCAAGAAGGCUCAGAGAUGGUUGCCAUGUCAUGGUUGGUGCACCUGGUGUUGGGAGCAAUGACACACUGUAUUUCAGAAUUGUUCGCUACUAGGGUUUUAUUUUGUGUUGUUUAAGAACAGUCUCCAUAGAACUUGCUAUUAUGUGCCUGCUUGCUAAUUUUAAUUAUUAUGAACUUUGUGUUUUGCUGGAGUGUUGGGAUAAAAGCACCUCUUUUAUGAAUUAUUUUAUGUAAUUUCCUUAUUAUUAA